AUGCACCCUGAUCGUGAUGGGAGAGAAGAGAUGGGAGCCCGGGCGAGGGGCUGGAGGGGCUCCGACACGCAGUCGGGACCGUCCUCACCACGACGGGGUUUGUUUUUUUUCCAGGGCAUUUCGGAAGCAGAACGAGCACGGUGCCGGGAGGCCCUGCGGCACAUCCUGGACCGCGUCUACCAGCCGCUGGCGGUGCGGGAGCUGCUCAUCCUGCAGGGACGUCCUCCCUCUCCUGGGGAAGAAACAAAGCCGGCCCUUGUGCGGGCUCCGGCGUGGCUGCGGCGCCUUUGUGGUCAGCUGCUCUCCGAGAGGCUGAUGAGACCCAGCGGGGUUCAGGCUGUGGUUCGGGGCAUCAUGGAGGGAACAGGCGGUGAGUAGGCAGGUGGCGGUGGUGCUGAAGCAGCAGCUGUGGACUGGAGAAAAUGCGACAUGGUUGCAAAGAUCCUGGCUUCCUGCCCGCAGCAGUGCCUUUCCCUCGAGGACUACUACCGGCUGGUAUGCCCCCAGAUUCUGGACUUGCUGCACAUCCAGGACAAACUGACAGCGCGCCAGUUCCAGCGAGUGGCCACCACCACGCUGCUCACCAUGGCGAAAGAGCACCCUCAGCUGGCAGAGAAGCACCUGCUCCAGCCCCUGUUGGCACCACUUCUGCGGUGCUCGGAGACAGCAGAGAUAGCAGUGGAAGAUUUAUCAGCAGGGACUGUGCUGGUGACGGAGGCAGAGCUCGGCAGCUGUGUGGAAGAUGUGCUCAAGGUGUAUGUGGUUGGAAAUGACAGCUCGAGCCUGCUGCUGGGAUCCUUACAGUCAGUCCUGGGAGUGGUUUUUUCCCUUUAUUCCUUCGCCAAGCAGAAUGUGUCAUACUUACGCUCCCUGUGCCAGGAGAUCCUGCUGUGGUUCUUGGAGAAGUCGGAGCGAGAGGUGUCGCUGGCUGUGCUGGAAGGCUUUGUGGGGCUGAACAGCAGCGUGCGCGCCCUCCACCCGCAGUGCCAGUUCUGUGCGGGCAGCGAGGGUGGUGCUGCCAUCGCGGUGGAGGAGACCAUCAGCGAUGAAGAUGAGGCCCUCUACCAGAAGGUUUCCUUGGAGCAGUGCCAUGUGGAGAACUUGGUGGAGCUCUUGUCUCACUGCCAGAAGAGUGGUCUAGCCGGAGACUUCUUCAUCCGCUGCCUGAAGGAGCUGACUCGCGUGGCUGCGGAGGACGAGGCGGAUUCGAACUCGGCUGCAGUGCCUGGAAGGAGCCUCCUGGAGCUGGAGCAGUACCACGCUGGGCAGAGGAGGAAGCUGCUGGUCCUGCAGCUCGUGGCCACGCUGUGUGAGAGCGUCUCGGACACCGUGUUCACAGACAUUGCUCAGGUGGAGGAAUUUGUGGCAGCCACGCUGCAGCGGGCCUGCCUCAGCCCGCUCCAAUCCAGCGACUUCGCCGUGCUGAAGCGGCUAGUGCCGUUGCUGGAGGAGCUGUCCCGCACCUACCCCGAACCCCUCACCCAGGAGCUGGCCACGGACCUGCGCAUCGCCAUCUGCACCCGCGGGGCCUUCUCCCCCGGAACGGUGGGCGCCGCUGCCGACAGCGUGCUGCAGAGGAAGCCGGGGACAGGAGUGCAGAGCCCUGCCGGCAUCCCCGGUGCAGCCCCAAGCGCAGGGGGUGGCCAGGCACUGCCACAGCACCGCCGCAGCAGCCCCUCGGCUCCCAGGGAGAGGAGUGGCGAGCAGAGUGAGAGCCAUGAGCCCGGCACUGCGGGUCCCGCUCCAGCCCCAUGUGCCGACAGCCCGGCCCCGGCUGGGCUCCAGGAGCUCCUGGUAUCGGCCUACGACCCCCAGCCCCCCGGCCGGGCAGCCGCCCUGCGCCGCCUCUCCAGCCUGAUCACGCAGCAGGAUCCGGAGGCGCUUCGGCUUCAGGAGAAACUUCUCGAGGUGUUCCUGGAGAACGUACAGCACGAGGACGCCUUCGUCUACCUCUCGGCCAUCCAAGGCGUUGCCCUCCUCUCCAGCGAGUACCCGGAGCGGAUCCUGCCCGUCCUGCUGGCACGGUACGGGUGCCCGGCGCGGGGCACGGAGGACACCGCAGCUGCUGUCACCAGGAUGAAGCUGGGCGAGGUGCUGAUGCGUGUCACCCGGGCUCUGGGGGACAUGGUGUUCAAACACCGGGAGCCGCUGGUCCAGGCCUUCUUGCGGGGCGCACGGGACCCCGACAGCGCGCUGCGGGCCAGCAGCCUCUCCAACCUGGGCGAGCUCUGCCAGCACCUUGGCUUUCAGCUGGGCUCCAUCAUCCAGGAGGUCACCUCCUGCUUGACGGCCAUAGCCAAGACGGACCCCGAGGCGGAGGUGCGAAGAGCCGCCGUGCACGUGGUGGUGCUGCUGCUGCGGGGGCUCAGCGAGAAGGCCACCGAGGUGCUGCAGGACGUCCUCCGGGACCUCUACCGCCUGCUGAAGCACGUGGUGGCAACCGAGCCCGACGGUGCGACGGUGCUGCACGCCCAGCUGGCACUGGAGGAGCUGGACACGGUGAUGAGGAGGGUCCUCUUCCCCCCGCAGGCGCUGGAGAAGAAGAUCGUGGUGCUCCCGUAGUGGGGCCAGGGCUGCAGAAACGAACUGUUCUUGCUC